AUAAUCAAUAGAGACGCACUGCAAACCUGUUUUUCUGUGGACGUGUCAUUUAUAUGUUACAACGUGAAGUACUUAGAAGUUAGAACUUGUGUUCAUUCAUUCAAACGCCACGUUAAAGAUACGAGGCUGUGUUUGCGGUUUGACAGCUGGACGUGAUCUCGAGAGGAGAAGCCCCAUUGUCGGGGUGCACAGCUGAAAAAGAAAGGGGCCAGAAUACUAACACAAAGAAACAACCCUGGUGGCAGCCAAAAUCACUCAAGCGCAACAAAUGUUUGCUUUUCUCCACAACAUGGAUUUUGGGGUGUGAGCUACAAAAAAUAUAAGAUGCCCUACAGCAACAAAGAGCUGGUUGAAGAUUUUAUAAGCUAUAAAUUAUCUCAGAAAAAUUUUUCCUGUAACCAGUAUUUCGGAGACAGUAGGACUGCCUCUCCAGGGACCUCCACUCCUGAGAAUGAACUAGAUGUGCUACAUGUCAACGGCUCUGUCAGUGGAACAGAAAAUGGAGGCAGCUCUUCUGCAGACCACUCACCUGAUGGUAUCAGAGCAGUAAAAGAGGCACUCCAUGACUCGGGGGAUGAGUUUGAGUUGAGGUACCGGGCAGCUUUCAGUGAUCUCUCCUCCCAGCUGCACAUCACCCCAGUUACCGCUUACCAAAGCUUUGAGCAGGUUAUCAACGAACUCUUCCGAGAUGGGGUGAACUGGGGACGUAUAGUGGCACUCUUCGCAUUUGGUGGUGCUCUCUGUGUGGAAUGUGUGGAGAAGGAAAUGGGUUCUUUGGUGAAACGCAUAGCUGAAUGGAUGACCACCUACUUGGACAAUAACCUAGAUCCCUGGAUCCAGAGACAAGGAGGAUGGGACACGUUCGCCAAAAUCUACGGGAGCAACGCGGCUGCCGAGUGCCGGAGGUCCCAGGAACGUUUCAGUAGGUGGCUGUUGGCAGGAAUGACUCUGGCUACUGGCCUGAUGCUGGGCUCCUACUUCUUCCACAAACGCUUGUAGAAAUGAAUACGACGUGGUGCACAGGACGGCAGAAGGAUGGCCACACCGUGACCUUGAAGGAAUGCCAAGUAGAAAAUUUGUUGUAGCGUUUAAAAGGAAAAAGACUAAAAAAAAAAAUGUACAAUUUUCAUUUGUGUUCUUCUUGCUCGUACUCAAACCAAAUUAUUUUCAGUAGUCUCAUUCCAGAAAUGAUGCCUAAAACAAAGUUUUAUAAAGUAUAUAGAUUCCUUAUUUUAAUGUACAGCAAGUAAAUGGUGGUGAUGCAUUUUUUUUUUUUUUAACCAUUCUGUAUGUGGCUUGAAAGACUUCACAUUUAAUACUAACGAUGCUGUGACAAGUCUAGAGCUUCCAGAAGGGCAGGCAGUAAGUAGAGCAAUGAGUGGAUUAGCAGAAUGUAAAGUAUUGAGAUGUGAGGACACAUUAAAGGUUGGGCAGUCUUUUGUCUUUCACAUUCAGUUCAUACACUACCUAAAAGUCCAAGGGGUACUUUUUCUUUUUUUUUGCCCUUUCUAACUCUUUAAGAGUAUUCAUCUUAACAACUUACCCAGACAAAUCUGUUACAGAUGUUCAUUUUUGCACCAAAGCAUCAGACGUCUUAAGCUUUUCAAGAGUUGCAAUUUACAGACCUGGAGUUUUUUGUCCUGCUUUUGCUCAUUUUAAAAUGUUCUUUACUUCAGGUGAUUUAUAAAAAAAAAAAAAACUGCUCUUAGAAUUACAAUUGUGGAAACGUAUUUUGAUUUAAAUUAUCGAGCGCAGUCAUUUUGUACUUAAUCUGUAGACCAGGACCGCUCGUCGCUCUUUUAGUAUAAGAGAUCGCAUUUAGGAAUGGAAGGUCUUAUGGAGUUGUGCUUCACCCUCCAGUGGAUUAGGGAAUAGUGUAACCUGACUAACAAAUUGAAAUACCAUCUGGAUUUAUUGUAAAACAGUGUUGUAAGAGAUAUGCCAAAUGUUUCUCCAGUGAUAUAAAGAUCGGCGAUGAAACUGCAAAGCAAUGAUGGAAGACUCGUUCAUUAGGAUGAGGGGAACAAACUCACAGCAUCCAGAACACUACAACACUAAAAAGAGAAAAAAUGGAAAGCGCCGUUCAAAAUGUAGCUCUAGAAGGACGUGCAUGAUAAUCUGAAGAUGAAAAGGUUGAAUUUAAAGUAUCCAGGUUGUUUUAAUCUUUCACAUCACACUUUUAUUUUUCUUUUUCAAUAGUGAUUUCCACUUCUGCUAAGGCUUUUCAGACUUUUUUGGUUAUGUCAAGAACUUCACGAACGCACCGUUUCAUGACUGUUCCUCUCUUAGAACACAAACUAUGGCAGUUUAUUCACCGUCCAGUUGAUCACCAACGUCCAGGCUCGUGAUUGAAACGCUCCCACCUCCACUUCCAAGUCUGUUCGCUUCACGUGAUGAUUUUUGUCUCUCGUCUCGCACGUAAGAAUAUUUUACUAGUGAAACAUGCGCCAGAUGAUGCCUUUCUUUGUAUUGUUGCCCCUUGCAGUAACGAUUCCAUUUCCGCCUACGUUUUUUGUCAGAACACUACCCAUGUCCGGACUAUAGAGACGCCAUUUAUCGUUUGUCCCUUUCUUUUUUGCCAUGUGUGCUAAUGAGUCAUAAACAGUACACCAAUCUAUGCAAACCACAAGACUGAAUGAAAACUUCUCUGAUCUGACUGGUUGCAAACCCGAAUGAGUGAAAAACCUUUUGUCCUUUUCCAUAAAUCAAGAGACCGAAUUCAUGGGGGAACAAAAAAAAAAAAACAUUAAAA